AUACUUUUCUAUGAUGUAGUUUAUAGUGAAGUCUUAGGAUAAGGGGAAGCUUAUUGAAGUAUUAUAGGUUAAAACAUCUUAUCAAUUCUGGAGAUGGUUUUUGUCUAUCGGUAAAGAGAAUCUCAAGAAGUACAACAAUGAGAACGGCACCAAAAUCAUUAUUAUGCAGGAGCAAACAAUCAGACAAACUGAUCUGAAUCGCUUGUGCCUGUUACUACGUAUCCAAAUCAAGGAGUGCUAUCAAAAUGCUAGGAAGCGUGCUCCGGAAAUUCGUAUCAGACAUAACAAGGUCGAGAUAAGUGGAGUAGGCACAUAUGAUCCAGUAGUACUAUGUCGUCGUCUGAAAUGGAAUCUACCUGAGUGGCAUGGUACGCCCAUGGAGGAGCUAAUGGAUCUUCGUUUAAAGAAGGAACAGGAGGCAGGUAGCUUGGUUUUGGGAGAGCUCGCGUUACCUGGACUCACUGCUGAGGAGCAAUCAGAGGGAAGGAUGCUGCAGGCCAACAAGGAGAACUGGACGGAAGUGGUCAAAAAGAAGAAACGUCCAUCACAGGAUAGCCGUGACGACAAUGGAGCUACCAAAAAAUACAAAAAAGCGGAUAUGGCUUCGACUUCCCGUGCAUAA